AUGCUGCUGCUGCUGCUGCUGCAGCAGCAGCAGCAGCAGCAGCAGCAGGAGAGAGGCUUCCUAGGCCUCAGCUGUCAGCAGCAGCAGCAGCAGCAGCAGGAGAGAGGCUUCCUAGGCCUCAGCUGUCAGCAGCAGCAGCAGCAGCAGCAGCAGGAGAGAGGCUUCCUAGGCCUCAGCUGCUGUGAGGAGCAGCAACAGCAGCAGCAGCAGCAGGCAUAUACGAAGCAGCGGCAGCAACAACAGCAGCAGCAGCAGCAACAACAAAGAGGAGUCAAAGGGUUAACUUCUACAGGCAUAUACGAAGCAGCGGCAGCAACAACAGCAGCAGCAGCAACAACAACAACAACAAAAAAAACAUCAACAGUAACAGCAGCAACAUCAGCAAAACGAGCAGCAGCAACAGCAGCAGCAGCAGCAGCAGAAACACCACCACCAGCACCAGCAGCAGCAGCACCACCACCACCACCAGCAGCAGCAGCAGCAGCAGAAGCAGCAGCAGCAGCAGCAGCAGCAGCAGCAGAUGGCUCCAUCUAG